UUUAUUUGACCCUUCGUUACUCAUUUUCAUUUCUCACCGAAAAAGCAAGAGGAAAAGCAGGAAGGAAAGUAGCCAUGGGCAGGAACAGGCGUCAGAAGGCAAGACAAAUGGCUGCUGCUGCUGCUGCGGCUUCAUCAUCUUCAGCACAAACCCACAUCGUCAUCGGCCCAAUAACAAUCAUUGACGACCAAGAAUCACAACGCAUUCAAAAAAGAGAAGAAGAAGAAGAAGCUUUCUCUGAGGCCAUGGAACUGGUGUACGGGUCAACGCUACCCAUGGCUAUACACACAGCCAUGGACCUUGGUGUCUUUGACAUCUUGGCCAAUGUGGGUCCCAGUGUCACGCUCUCUGCUGAGGAGAUUGUGGCCCAAAUGCCCACCACGAACCCGGACGCACCAGCCAUGAUUAACCGCAUUUGUAGCCUACUGCUGCACCAUGGCGUGCUUGGUGUCUCUUUGGAUGAUGAUAUUUUUCACAGGCGAUACUGUCUUACUUCAGUGUCCAAGUACUUUGCGCGUGGUAACCAACAAGAUGGGGUUUCCUUGGCACCCUUGAUGGAUUUGGUUCAUGACAAGGUUUACUUGGAUAGUUGGUCGCAACUGAAGAAUGCCAUUCUUGAAGGCGGACUUCCAUUUAACAAGGUCCAUGGAAUGCAUGCCUAUGAGUAUGCUGGCAGGGACGGCAGGUUCAGUCAAGUUUCCAACACAGCAAUGUUCAGCCACACUGCCAUAGUUGUUAAGAAGAUCCUUGAGUCCUUCAAAGGUUUUGAGAACCUCAAGCAGGUGGUUGAUGUUGGUGGUGGCAUUGGAGUGGCACUUAACUUAAUCACUUCCAAAUACCCCAAUAUGAAGGGCAUUAACUUUGACUUGCCUCAUGUCAUAAAACAUGCCCCACCCUUUCCUGGUGUGAAACAUGUAGCUGGAGAUAUGUUCGAGAGUGUUCCAAAAGGAGAUGCCAUAUUUUUGAACGGAAUACUUCGUGAUUGGAGUGACGAUCGCUGCUUGAAGUUGUUGAAGAACUGCUACAAUUCUCUUCCAAAAGACGGAAAGGUAAUCGUUGUGGAGCAAAUUCUUCCAAUUUUCCCAGAGAUGACCACUUUUGCAAGGGGCAAAUCCCUACUUGAUAUGCUUAUGAUGACUCAAAAACCAGGAGGAAAGGUGCGGAUGCAACACGAAUUGUUUGACUUGGCAUUUGGAGCUGGAUUUAAGACCAUUUCUUUUACUUGUUUUGUCUGUAAUUCGGCUGUUAUGGAAUUCAAUAAGAAAGAUAAGGAAUCUGUAUCAUUUGCGCUGUAGGUUGAACAUAUCUUUUUUAGGAGCUGACAGUCUCUUCUAAACUGUUUUGCCUAGUUACUGAGAUAGGGUAAGGACCAGUUUCUGAUGAUAUUAUGAUAUCAAUAUGGGAUGUUUUGUGUGUAAAUAUUGGAUAAUGAAAAAUUAUUCUUAUUAAUCAAGCUAAUGAUGGCACUCCUUGUAUCUUCCAUCAAAUGGUGCAGCACCUGCGUUAUCGGAUGUGGAUGCUGUGAUUGGCUACCUUUUCAUGUUAA